AUGAAUUCAUCGCAAGAAAAAAGAAGUUGUUUAUAUGCAGGUGUAUUCUGUCGAUGCUGGCCUAUUGCCGUUGGCGUUUGCGUGUCAGUCAGUCUUGCAAGUGUACUCAUUCUUUAUCUUGUUGUUCGUAUACGCUCUGGUAAUAAACAACGCAAUCCUCUAUCAGUACCAGGCGAUGAUAUACAUUCUCAAAUGGAAUGGGAAGAUGAUAUUGGACUUAAUAUUAUUGUCAAUCCAUUAGAAGAAACAAAAAAACCCGUCCAACCAAUAAAUAUUCAAAAUAUGGAAGAAAUGAUGCAAGAAUAUGAAGGUGGUAGUAGUUCUGAAGAAGAUGAUGAAUGUGAUGGUCAAAGUCAUAAUGAAUAUUCAUCUGAAGAAGAAGAUGAAGAUUAUGAUAAUAAUCAAAUAAAUCAAAAGAAACAUAAUCAUCAAUUAGAAUGGGAUGAUGAUGAUAUAGAAUAUGGACCAAAAAAAGUUUGA